AUGGUAAGUUAUUUUUUCCAGGGUUUCGCCUGAUAUUAGUUUCCAGUUCCUCCGUGUCCUCAUCCUCGUCUCCGUCUGCCUCGUCUCCGGUGCCAUCGGACAAAUCACCAUGGCCGCCUGCCAGGCAUACUGUGCCUCUGUGAACGGAGGAGCUUCCUACGACAACUGCUCUCCAUGGAUCAGCUUUGCCACUCAGGAGAACAAGACCUGCUACAACUUGUGCGUCCAUAACUGCGCCGCCGUCUACGAUGGAUCCUGCAUCACCAGCAACAAAUUCAGGUGAGGAAUUCUCAGAUCUUCGCAAGGAAUAUCACAAAACUGUUUCAGAUGCUGCCUCGCCACCACUCCAGCCAAGAAACAGGAAUUCAAGAUGAGCGGAUGCAACGUUCUCUACAACAAUCUGUAA